AUGAUCAACUUGCGUCGCCUGACAUUCAACGUCAGUCACCCUUGCCGUGAUGAAAUUGAUCUGGACCUGGAUCUUGACGAGAUCUGGAAGCAAAUUUGCACCGUGCCAGUUGGCUCGCCAUACAUUGAGUAUGAUGGCGAGCUGCUUGCCGAAGAACCCUUAGAGGCGACAAAUUGCACUCAUUGCCGGUACUACUCCACGGUCAACUGUUUCCUUCAUUCUGAAUCCUCGGCUUCCUGCUUUUUUAAGUGGCCUGGCCCCGAUCCCCUCUCAAUUGCAGCAUGCAUUGAUGAGAUUUUUGACUUGAUGCUGCCCAUGACCGACCUUCAGAUGGCACAUGUCCUCGAUUUUCGCCUUCUACGACUAGAUCUAUGCACCGGACUGAUAAUUGCACAGGAUGUCUUUUUCUUACCGCGAGUCGAGACUUUCCUGGAGAAUCUUGACUGCUUGCAGGCACAGAUAUUCGACAUACUUCGCCUUGAUGCGAUGGAAAUCCGCGUGCCAUUAUUCCGACUGCUGGUGCGACCGCUCGCGAGAGCUCUCCAUUUUCACAACCAGGUACCUAGCCCGUGGGCUGAUCGCGCGAGUGGUCAGACGCUUUUGGAUCCUGCCUUUCUUGUGCACAACUUGAUCGCAAACUAUCGUUAA